AAACAUAAUGACAACAACAACUGCAACUACAGCAACAUUGUGAUUGUUGGUGAUUCUAUUGGGGUGGCGGAAGGCCUGGCUGUGGAGGUGAUGAGGAAGGUGAAGAAUGGGGAGGUCCCCGAGGAGAUGAAGGGGGCCAAGGCUGUGGAGUUUCCAUUGGGGGAGUGUAGGAGAGUGGGGGAGCUGAAGAGGAAGGUGGAGGAUUGUUGUGUAAGUGGGGGAGUUGUGGUGUAUGUGGGGGAUUUGAGAUGGGUUGUGGAGGGGAGUAAUGGGGAAGAAAUUGAUCGGUUGGUGGGAGAUGUGGAGAGAAUGGUGUGUGAUUAUAAUCAUGGAAAUGGAGACAGUAAUAAUGAUGGGAAUAUUACUAAGGUUUGGAUAAUGGCGGUUGCUAGUUAUCAAGUUUAUAUGAGGUGCCAAAUGAGGAUGCCUCCUCUUGAAACUCAGUGGUCUCUCCAUGCCAUUCCUCUCCCCUCUGCUCCUGGACUUGGCUUAUCUCUCCAUCCUUCUAGUGUUUAUGAUUCAAGGCUAAGCUUCUUCUCUCAGAAUCCAUCAUCUCAUGCCAUGGAAACAAAGCCAUUCAUUGCUAAAGAAGAACAAGAAAAACUUACUUGCUGUGCAGAAUGCACUUCAAAUUUUGAAAGUGAAGUCCGGCACUUGAAACCUCUCCACUCCAGCAAGCAAGUUCCCUCUUGGCUGCAACAGUACAACACCGUCCACUCUCAUUCAAAGGAGUUUGUGGAACUGAGGAGAAAAUGGAACAGAUUUUGCAGCAGCCUCCACAGAGAUGGCUCUGUACAGAGCUCGAUGGGGAAGAGUUUUUCCUACUCUUCAUCAUACCCAUGGUGGCCGAAAUUCAAUGAAUCGAAUUCAAUUUCCUUUACAGAUUAUCAAACUCCUAAAUCGUUACAGAGUUCAAAUCUUGUUCCUCGAUUCAGACGGCAGCAAUCGUGCACAACAAUUGAGUUUGAUUUUGGAAACGCGACUACAAAGCAUGAUCAGGAUCGAGAACCGAGCUUGAAUUCUCUCAAACACAUGGUGGGCAAGGAAGUGAAAAUCACUCUUGCACUGGGGAACAAUCCCCUGUUCUGCGAUUCGUCGGCGGAAUCCACGGAAUUGGAAAGCGAAAGGAAUUCGCGACGAGGAGAGAUUUUGAAGGUUCUGAGAGAGAAUGUGCCAUGGCAAUCGGAAUCGAUUCGUCGUAUAGCGGACGCAUUGGUUGCAGAGAAAUCGAUUCAUUGGAUUCUGAUGGAGGGAAGUGAUUUCGUUGGAAAGAGAAAGCUGGCUCUCGCAAUUGCAGAAUCGGUCCUCGGCUCUGCGGAUCUACUCUUCCAUUUGAACGCUAAAACCGAAGAUAUGGAAAUCUCUCGCUCUGAAAUUCUGGAGAGAGCAUUGAAAUCGAACAGAGAGCUCGUGGUUCUGGUGGAAGACGUGGAUAUGGCGGACUCGCAGUUCAUGAAAUUCCUCGCGAACGGACACGAGAGCGGAAAAUGGGGAGAAGUCGAGAAAAUCAUAUUCAUCCUCACAAAGAACGAUUCCUCGGAGAAAAAGAAGAAGAACAGAGCUUCCGUGAUCGAGAUGACGCUGAAAAUCGAGGCAAUGGCAAGAAGGAAUCCAGACCAGAAGCGGAAGGCAGAUUGGGAGGAAGUGGCAAACAAAUCAAAAACUCAAAAAACAAUGGAAACGGCAGAUUUGGAGAACAAAAUCUGUAGACAAUCAAGCAUGAACACGCUGGAUCUGAACGUGAAAGCGGAGGAAGAAGAAGAGGAAAGCGAGAAGAAAUUACCAUCAGGAGGCCAAAUCAGUCCAAUAUCAAGCGAAGUAACGCGCGAAACAGCGAUCUGCAACGACCUGCAAACUCCAAGAAACAGAUUAAUUGGGGAGUGGAUCGAGAAUCGGUUCGUCCUGGAUCGGAAAACAGAGCAGGAACGCGAGAUGAGAGAGGAAAUAAGGCGGAAAAUCAGAGAAGCAGAGGAGGAGAAUUGUAAAAACGGGGAUAGGGAUAGGGAUUGUAGAUUUAGGGUGGAGGAGGGGGUUUUAGAGGGAAUUAUAGAGGGAUUUGGUACAUUUUCGAAGAGUUUGUUUGAGAAAUGGGUGAAAGAAAUUUUUCAAACGAGCUUGGAAAUGGAAAUGGAAAUGGAAAGGAGUAGAUAUGGCGGGAAAGGGAAGGGUAUAGAUAUAAGGCU